CCGCCCAGCUGACAUCAGCUCUGUGAAGUGUGAGUGAGAGAGUGAGAGAGAGAGAGGUGCCCAACUCGCCUUACCUUGCAGUCGGGCACACGCGCAAGUCCUCCGUGGUGUCGGGCUGCAGCAGUGAAGUGAGAGAGCGAGGUGUCGUCCCAGGGCCGUCAUGGGCAACUGCUGUUCCUGCUGCCCUUCGUGGUGCUGCUGCUGCUGCCCUAUGCGCAGCGGCUAUGAACAACUGCCCGGCAAGAACGAACAAGGUCGACCUCGUCAAACACCUGGUGGGGCCCCCAACGAGCACCCAAACCCUGAGCCCCAUGGCACGAAUCUCCCCGGCCACCCAGUCGAGGCCUUCCCAGCCCCUGAGCCCCGAGGCACGAAUCUCCCCGGCCUCCAAGCCGAGGCCUUCCCAGCCCCUGAGCCCCGUGGCACGAAUCUCCCCGGCCUCCCAGUCGAGGCCUUCCCAGCCCCUGAGCCCCGUGGCACGAAUCUCCCCGGCCUCCAAGCCGAGGCCUUCCCAGCACCUGAGCCCCGGGAUACGAAUCUCCCCGGCCUCCCAGUCGAGGCCUCCGUGCGGCCAGGACCCCCCAGUCAGGAAGAGAUUCCCGCGGUCAUCGUGCAGCAGCCUGACAGCAGGCAGCGCUCCUCGUUGGGAAUCUACGACCUGACCCCUCAAGACCCCUCCGUGGGGGCCCCGCCGCCGCCGCCGCCGCCGCCGCCACCGCCGGCCCUCAUACCUGGGACGGCACCGACGCCCGUGAGGCCCCCAUGGCUCCUGGAAAAGAAGGCGUACAACAAGAAGGGGGCGACAGAGCGAGUGAGGUGCAAGACGAUUGCACCGAGUGACAUAGAGAAGGACAGCCUAUGGAGCAGUGCGAACGAGAAAAAAUUCGAAAACUCCGACCUCAAGGACCGGCUCCUGCGGACCUUUGCAGCCAAGACAUCCCUGGGGCUGGCCAUAUACCAGCCAUCGUCAGGUGGAUCUUCGCCACUGCCAUCUCCAUCCGGAAGCCCCAGCGAGGGAUCCGUCUUCAGCGCAGGAUUCUUACAAAAUCUCGAAAUCUUGAGAAAAUCGGCGAAGGUGUCGGACAACGACUUAAUAAAAGCCAUCCUGACGGGUGACAUAGCCUUCCUCUCCGGGAUUGUAAGCCUCAAGGACCUGAUACUGACGUUGCAGAGGGUAAGAGAGGAGCAGAAGAAGGCGCUGAACGAGAAGCGGGGCAGCGGAGCUCCACUGCAGAAGAUGGAGUUCUUCUAUUUGCGGCUCGUGGACGAGGGCUACCUGUCGGAGCGCCUGCGCUGCCUGCUCUUCCACUUCACCCGCGCCGAGGUGCUCGACCAGGCUCGGAAGGAGCAGGAGGUCGUGCUCGCGGCCCUGAGGGCGGUCGUCUCCAGCCAAGGCCUGGCCCAGCUGGCCCAGCUGCUCCUCUUCAUCAUCAACUUCCUGAAUGAGGGCCCCACUUCGGCGCCCGCCUACGGAAUCAACCUCUGCGACAUCGACAAGGUCAACUCCGUGAGGAUGACGGAUCCCGCUGAGAGCGGCACCCUCCUGGACCUGGUGGUCAGAGAAUGCCAGAAAUCCCACCCCGACAUCCUCAACGUCAUCACGGAGCUCGAGCCUGUUGACAAAGCCACAGGAGUCGACGACGAGAAUCGGAAAUCGAUGAUCCAGUCUCUCCGGGCGGAAAUCACGAAACUGGAAUGCGACCUCAACUCAUUACCGGACACCGAGCCCCACGGACCGUUCUCCAAAACGAUGAAAAUAUCCUUCUCAGCGGAUUGGUUCGGGUGGUGUAACAUUAGAUAUCCUUGGAAGUUCCAGUGUGCAGUAUGUAUGUUGAACUUCUUUCGCACCAUACGUAGCCAACCGUGCUAAUCGGAGGUGCGCGGCAUGGAGCUGUUGGAGCCUCAGCACUUUCAGGGCAAGCAGCGAUUGAUUGAUCCAAGUCGAUUCUUAUGCCCGCGAUGUGUUCACAGAAUGGGUCUCACACACACACACACACCACACUCUGUUCACGAUGUUUGUUUACGAAUGUUUGCAAGCCCUCUGCUGGGCCGGUGCCACGCGUGACCGUUUAACCGUCGACGGAGGUGUCCCCCGCGCACGUUGCCGCUCGUUGACCCCACGUGACCCUUGACCCCGUGGCACCCGCUGCUUCAGGAGUGGAUGCGGAAGGUGGAGCUGCUGGAGAAGGGCGAGGGCGAGAUCGGGGCCGAGUGGGAGAGGCUGAGGGUGAAGUUCAGCCUGAAGGAUAAGAUGCUCAAGCCGCUCCUCUCUAGCCUCGCCACGUUCCGCGGAGACUUCAAGAAAAUCACGGACAAGGGGAGCCGUCGGAGCUUGCGGAGAAAGUCCUUCAACGACUUGUACGAUGUCGCCGCCCGGUCGGGCCCCGUCCACCCUCUCAACAGACGCUAAAAAGCGAAUAUUGCCACGCGCGUUGACAUUGACGAUGGUGGGGCCUUGACCUUAGCCAUCGGCAAGGAGCACCCAUCAGGAUCGUGAUUCGCGUCAGACAGAGCCGCCCCUAUUCCGUUGCCCUGGUGUCUCUCGGAAGCGCUUCACGUAGCGUCUCAUCUCGACACAUUUCAAACGCCACCGUUCCCCCAGUGGCACGAGUUGACUGGGCUCCUGGCCUACAAAACGUGGUUCAAUCCUCCCCAUAGAUGGGAGGCAGGGAAGGCGAUGAUUUCCGAGUGUAAUGCCAUUCGGGCCAGGCUCAAGGCUGGCACGUUUAGGGUCUCCUUUUCGGAGUGUGGGGGACUAUUGGGGGCACUUAAACUAUUAAAAUAUUUUUGUAUUAUUUUACCAGGUAAGGCCCACUGAGCUGAGCAGCUCUAUUUCAGAAGCGACCUGGCCACAAAUGAUAGCUCAACAAAAUGGCUUAUCGUGUGGAAAUG